AGAAACUAUUUCAUAUUUUGAAAAAAAGAGAUUUUCUGUUUCUGUUUUAUUUAUUCUUCAACAAAUAAGACUUAAUGGCUCCUACUGGGAUAUUGUUGGUAAGAAAUCCUUCAGAAAGGAUUUUUAUCUGUUAAAGGUUGCAGACCUCUGUUCUAGAAGCUACUUGAACUGUUAAAAAUAGUGACCAAUUUGUCUUUGAUUAAUUCUUGUUAUUGGAAAAUAUUUAAUAUUACUUUUUCAUUGUUAAAAUAAAAUACUUUUUUCUCUUCAAUUCUUUGCUUGAAAAUAAUUUUAAAGAUAAUUAUUAAAUAUUUCUUUGUUCUUUUUUUUUUUACCAAACAUAUUCAACAUUAUGAUAAAUGACCUUCAUCUGGUUUAUAUUUUUUCACAAUAAAGGACAUUUCAGAGAAAAGAGAAGUGACAUGGCACAUAUGUCUGGUGUGUUGCAUGACUUUAUCAGUGGAGAGACAUAAUCACAUUGUAAAGACUUUUAAUUGUUGGAAAGAUCUCAAUGAAAGGAUAUAUUUUUUUUAGUGGUGAAAAUAUAUUGUAAACAUUCAUUUUAUAAAAUUGUUUUUUUAUUAUUUUAAUUUCUGUCUUAAACCCUAAUUAAGACACAAACUGUUUUGGUUUUGUUUCUUUCUUUUUGCACUUAAACAGAUAUAAAAUAGGCCUACCCAAAGGUCAAAUUUCUAAAAGCCUGAAAAAACUUUUUGUUUUUUAUUCAAGAAUUCUUCUUCAGUUUUCAAAACUUUGUCUUUUUUCAUGUCUUCAUUUUUGGUAAAGGUUCACAAUCAAAGUCUUUCUUAGCAAGUAGAGUGGAGGGGAUGCCACUGAAUCUUGUCAGUUAGCACCAUCUAGUGGAACUGUGUGGUAUUUACCAGAAUCUUCCUGAAUUCUCCGCCUCUCCUCCUGUCAGAGUAUAAAUGUGGGACAGAGUCACUGCUGAGACAGAACGAUACACUGAAGAGAAAAGACCAUUCAGCCAACAUUCAUCUGACAACACAAAGACUCCAGACUUGAGACUCUGAAGAUGCUGUGCUCUCGGGGACUUCACUCUGAUCUCAGUCCAUCCAUGCUCUUCUUUUCACCUGUACGCAGUCUGUGGCCAGAGGUCAGACCUCUGUUCUCCCAGCAGGAUCUGCUGCAGAGGAACCUGCAGGAGCUGCGCCGCAGUCUGGAGCUGAUGGACACAUUUCAGCACAACAUCCUGGAGGAGACGGAGCCUUUCCAGAGCAGUGUGGCCCUGCAACCAGUGAGCUUCCAGCUGGACAAAGACGGAAAGCACUUUGGCCUGACCCUGGACACUCAAGGCUUUUCUCCAGAGGAGCUGUCUGUCAGGCAGGUGGGCAAGAAGCUGAGAGUCAGCGGGAAGACAGAGAAGAAACAGGAGGACGGGAAAGGCUCCUACUCUUACAGACUCCAGGAGUUCAGACAGGAUUUGGAUCUGCCUGAAGGCCUGAACCCUGAAGCCGUCACCUGCUGCCUGUCUCCAGACGGAAAGCUCCACAUCCAGGCACCCAAAGAGGAGGCUGACAGAGAGCUGACCAUCAAGAGGAGCUGGGAGGAGGAACCACAGCAGAGAGAGGGUUCACAGACACAAGACAGCACAGCAAAGACUCACAACACACCAUAGAACCAACAGGAACACAUGGACUCACACACACAUUCAUGGGAAUAUACCAUCAGUUUUAGAUGAACACAAUUUUAACUACAUUAGUCUUUGUUGAUCAUUAAAAUGUCUGCAUUUUUAAUGUAUUAGCUAGUUUGUAUUGUUUGCUACAAACAUGUUCACUGAAAUGUCAGGGACAAAUGUGAAUGAACGUUCAAAUACAACAAGACAUCAUCAUGUAAGAAAGUGACUUUUUGUCAUAUUUGUGUUUUUUUUUAAAUUAAAAGUUUAGAAAAUAAAUGUUUCAAAUAAAAAAUGGUUUCUUUCUAUGGAUUCUUUGUUUUACUUUCAUUAAUUGUAUCCACUUGAAAAGGUCUGCAAAUUUCCAAUCAAAUGGGAUAAAACUAUUACAUACUAAAAAUGUUGUUUUGUCCAAACAUUCUCAAAAAUUAAAACAUUAAAAGUAAGAUAAAAAAAUACAUUACUAAACUUGAGAAAAACAAAUAUUUAUGUAAAUUGUUAUAUUUUAGAUGAAGAUGAUUCUCUGUGGCGACUCCUGAAGAGAAAAGUCGAAAAAGAAGAGAAUAAAAUAUUAUAUUUUGUUAAUUUAAAGUGUUAACUAAUAAUAUUACUAAUUUGAAAAUUAGAUAUUAAAGUUAAUCAAAUGAAUAAGUUGGGAUCUAUUACAUUUUUUAGAUGAAAUACCAAUUUAUAUUGCAGUUAAAUAUAAUAAAUGCAUGAAAAAAACAUGUAGGAUGUGGUUAAAAAUAUUCUCUUAAAAAAGUUCAGCAGUAAUACAAGAAGUCUGCAUAAAAACAAAAACGUUUUUAAUGGAGCUACUGUAGUAGGGAUUUUAAAAUUAUUAUUGUUUGAUAGGAUUCUGGGGACCACAAGUAUACCUAUAUGACUAAAUAUACUAAAAUAAAGAAGACUACAAGAUAUUACUAAAAUGAAUAAAUCAUCUCUAAUUCCUUUUCUGUCAUUUUUAAUGAUAAACAGUCUUUUUAUUGUUUGUUUUUUGGCCAAACAAACAAAAAAAUAAAAUAAAA